AUGGCUCUGUCUCCGCCUUCUUCCCCGCAAGAAUCCACCACGACCGGCAGCAUCAACGAAAAGGUCAACUCCACGCCAGUUACUCCCGACAACAACAACAAGCGUGUUUCCAUCGCAGCUGGCGCCGGAAUGUCUUUUGCCGAGAGGAGAAUGAGUCGCCGGCCAUCUACCGCGCCGACCCCUAUUGUCGAGGCCGGCGAGGGAACCCGAGACGUCAACCACUCCUUGCCCGGCGACGUUCGAAACAACAGGAAGUCUAAGAACCAAACCGACCUGGCUCGACGCCGCAGCUCCUACUAUGAGGAGGCUUUCCAGGGUGAUAGAGACAUCAACGUCCUCAAGGAUCGUGCUUACAGCGAAGCUAUUGUCAUGGCUGAACUCCGCACCAACGUCAUCAUUAGUGAUGAAUUCAGUUUCAUCACUGACUUUUCGUACCAGCUCUCUGUUAGGUAUCAGCGGCCAGUGUCGUCCAUCGUGGUGAACCUGCAACAUGGUGCUUGUAUGUUGUUUGGCGGAACUUUUGACCCUGCCUACACGAUGACAGUCCAUGCUCUGUCGUGUGAGGUUGGCGUCACUAAGAACAAGAGGAAUGCCGCCCUGCUCCAGAAGCACUUGCAAGAAGCCAUUGGUGUUUCGCCCGUCCGCGGAUUCGUCAAGUUUAUCGAGGUUCCUGCAGAGAACAUGGCUGUCAACAGCAAGACCGUGGCUGCCCAUAUUGCCGAGAUGACCGGCGAGGAGGAGGAAACCAUUGCUGAGCGCCGUGCACGCAACCGUAAGAGCAUCAGUGCUAAGUCUGUCUCUGCUCUUCGUCAUGGCUCCAUUGCCGGCCCUAGGAAGGGAUCCAUCUUUGACUUUAGGAGAGAGUCGGUCGCACCACGAAGAGAUUCGGUGAUGCCCCCUCCUAAUGAGCUCACUCCUCCUCAUAGCGCAACCGAUGCGCCCCCUAUUCCUGCUAUUCCUGAGCAACAUGUCCAGAACGCUACCACCACGACUACUACAACCACCGAUGAGAAGGAUGCGCCCAUCAAGGAGGUUGAGAAGGCUCCUACCAACACCAGCAGCCUUGCCCCUGCCAAGAAGUCCAAGACGGCGAAACGUAAGAGCAGCUUCGUGACCUCGCUGUUCUCGCGUGGUAGGAACACUCCCUCUCCGAUGCCGACCGUUUCUUAG